GGAGUCGUGCGUGUGCGUUGUAACUGCCCGAUGGCCGCUGAGGCUGGUACUACUACGGUGGUGUUUGCAGAGAAUUGGGGCGCUCUGCUUAAGUACCCAGCUUCGUUAAGGGUAAACCUUGUAGAAGAAAGGUACGGUCAUAGAAAAUCUACCUGCUUACCCGUGUCAACCAAAAAAGCAAAGAAAUUGAAAAAAAAGAAACUGAGGACGCUGAAUUCUGGAGAGCAGUUACAAAAUAAGUAUCAUUUAGAGGACUUUUAAUUUACUUGUCUCCACUCACUUUUUAUAUACUACUACGUAUUAUCUCUGUGGAAGAGGGCAAGCCCCUAUAAUUUUAGUAGAGAAAAAAUACCUGUUGUCGUCACGGAAAUGAUAUGCAUACCAUGUUUCAUCUCCAUGUGUGCUGCCGUUAGCAAGUUUGAGGAGUGAAGAAGUAAUUUUAAAGAAAAGUGCCUGAGGCUAUUUGUGUUUGUGGUCGUCAUAGAAACGAUGUUACACACAUACGUACCAAGUUUCAUCUCCAUGCAUGGUACCGCUAGUGAGUUUGAGGGGUGAAGAAGUAAUUUUUGCCUGAGGCUACUUGUUGUGGUCGUCAUAGAAACGAUGUAAUACACCAAGUUUCACCUCCAUGCAUGCUACAGUUAGCAAGUUUGAGGAGUGAAGAAGUAAUUUUAAAGAAAAUUGCCCGAGGCUAUUUGUUGUUGUGGUCAUCAUGGAAAUGAUGUAAUACACAUGCGCACCAAGUUUCACCUCCAUGCGUGCUACAGUUAGCAAGUUUGAGGAGUGAAGGAGUAUAUUCUAAAGAAAAGUGCCUGAGGCUAAUUGUUGUUGUGGUCGUCAUGGAAACGAUGUAAUACGCAUGCGCACCAAGUUUCACCUCCAUGUGUGCUACAGUUACAAGUUUGAGGAGUGAAGAAGUGGUUUUAAAGAAAAUUGCCUGAGGCUUCAAACAAAAUGCUGUCGUCAUGGAAACAUGUAAUUGUCAUGGAAAUGAUAUAAUAGGCAUACAUACCAAGUUUCAACUCUAUACGUGCUACCAUUGGAGAGUUUGAGGAGUGAAGAAGUAAAUUUGAAGAAAGUGCCUGAGGCUAUUUGUUGUUGUUUACAAACAUGUACUGUUGUGAUUUUGAUGUUGGU